AUCAAAAUCCUAUCUGAUGAUUUCUCAUUUUUUACUUUAAAACUUUUUUGUAUUAUAUCCUUUGGCAUACACUAUCUUCCUUCUAGGUUUGGUUUCAUAGGUUGCAGUUUAUUGUUGGGUUGUUAAAAGAACAAUUCUGAGAAACUAGAGUUAAACUUGCUUCCACUCUCUCUCUCUAUUUCUCUACACCAAAUAUCUAUCCCUCUUUUUACAACAGCCCCAACCUACUCUCUCUCUCUCUCUCUCUCUCUCUCUCUGAGGAAAGACAGAUGCACGUAAUAAGCAAUAAAGAUUCAAACUUUUGAGGUUAGAAGUCCAAGAACCAUGAUCAUCAUUGAAGAAGAAAGAUAGCAAUCACAACAAGAUGGCCAGCACAAGUGAGGAGGGGAAACCAAGAGACAUGACAUAUUGCUUCCCCUCCGCCGGAAACCACCUACUCACCCAUCUCCAACCCUUUCAGCCGACGCCGGAGAUCUACAACCUAGCCUCCGGCGUCGACAUGAUAGGGUUUCCACCCAAGAAUUUGCACAACCACUCCACCGCCGGCUUCGGCCUCGCAGCGAUUUCCGGUGCAUCAAACGAGGCCUUGAUGGCCUCAUCCUAUCAACACUACAGAUCACUGAUCGUCGACGGCGACGAUCCAUCUCUGAGAUGUGUCUUCUCCUGCGAAGGAAACGAAAGGCCGAGCCAAGGCCUCUCUCUCUCCCUCACCUCCUCUGACCCUUCCACCAUCGCGCUGCAGCCGUUCGAGCUCCGCCACCACGACGAUCUGAGAUUCGGGCCGUCGAGCUCGAGAUCGGUGAAUUUCGAGCAUCCGCUGCCGCCGGGAUACUCCUACGUCAAGAACUCCAAGUAUCUAGGCCCCGCGCAGGAGCUUCUCUCUGAAUUUUGCAAUCUUGGAAUCAAUCAGCUCAAGAUGAAGCAAUCACAGAAAAAAAGCAGCGAACCCACCGCCGACGAAGAAAAGCAGCCGCCGCCAAUCUUCUCCCUCAACCUCCUGGAGCUGCAGAGAAGGAAAACCAAACUCCUCCAAAUGUUGGACGAGGUGGACAGGAGGUACAAGCACUACUGCGAUCAAAUGAAGUGCGUGACGUCAUCGUUCGAGGCGGUGGCCGGAGGCGGAUCCGCGGCGGCGUACUCGGCUCUCGCGGUGAAGGCGACGUCGCGGCAUUUCCGGAGCCUGAGAGACAGCAUCGUGAACGAGAUAAAGGCCACAAAGAGAGGCAUGGGAGAGAAGGACGCGGCCACCGCGGGACUCGGGGAGACGCCGCGGCUGCGCCUUCUCGACCAGACGCUGAGGCAGCAGAAGGCGCGGCAGCAGAUGAACACGAUGGAGAACCACCCGUGGCGGCCCCAGCGCGGCCUCCCCGAGAGAUCCGUGUCCGUGCUCCGUGCCUGGCUCUUCGAACACUUCCUCCACCCGUAUCCGAGUGAUGUAGAUAAGCACAUUCUAGCCCGCCAAACUGGCCUCUCAAGAAGCCAGGUCUCAAACUGGUUCAUCAACGCGAGAGUGAGGCUAUGGAAACCCAUGGUGGAGGAGAUGUACUUAGAAGAGCUGAAAGAGAAGUCCACCGCCGAUAUCGACGAACAUAACCAGACACCGGAUACAAAGCCAAGCCACGAGCAGCUGGUGCGAAGAGAUUCCGAGUGCCUCUCUUCCAUCAUCAACAACGAUACGAAAAAGGGAAAAACCCUCCAAAACGAGCAGCGCCAUUUCAGCAGUUCCUACGGUGCGAUGGAGCUCGAUUUCUCGUCCUAUUCCACCAGCAGCGUGUCGCUGACGCUGGGGCUGCACCAGCGCUGCGAAGGCGAAGGCGAAGGCGGAGGGGUCAGCCUAGCGUUCGCGGCGCCAGCGCAGAGCUCGCUCUUUUACUCUAGGGAUCAAAAUCAAAUGGAGGAGUGCCAAACGGCGCCGUUUUCGCUAUUGGAUAGUGAGAAUCAGAGCUUGCAGUACCGGAAUUUGAUGGGAGCGCAGCUGCUUCAUGACUUAGCUGGAUGAGUUCAUCAGAAUAUAUAAUGGAUUUUUACAUUGUCGGUGAAGUUAAAAGAGAAUUUGGUGGGUGAUGGUGAUGGAGAAACCUAUAAAUUGUGACAUGUUGUAUACAUAAAAUACUGGGAUAGGAAACAUUUAUCUGCAAUUUGGAGUUAGGUACACAUUUGAGAUAUUUGCGCAUAUAUAUAGGAUUGUAUUAUAUACCAAACUAGUUUUAAAUACUAAACGCCAAACACAUCAUUAUAGAAUAA